GCCAAAAGAACUCCACACGAGGGGAGAGCGAGAGAGAGGCAGGCGAUGGCUUCGGGCUCGGGAUCGGGAUCGGAGCGGUGGAGCGAGGAUUUGGAGACGGAGGUGGCGAUGGCGAUGGGGACGACGGACGUGGAGCUGCUGAAGAGGGCGUGGCGGAACGAGAAGGCGGCGCCGGAGAUCCUCCAGUUCGAGGCCGCCCUCGUCCUCCGUGCCCGGGAGCAGAUCCAGCUACUGGAAGAGACAGUGGAGGAAUUCACAGAGAAUGGAGUCGAUGAUCUUGUUGUCUCUCUUUACCAAAUGGACUUGGACCGCUCUCUAUUCCUUCUGAGGUCAUAUCUUCGAAUCCGUUUGCAGAAGAUUGAGAAGUACAUGAUCCAUAUUUCAAAAACCAAUCUCUGGAAUCGGCUUUCUGAACAGGAACAGAGAUUUGCCAAAAGCAGGUGCACUGAUAUCAUGGAAAAGCACCUUGAGCAGUCGGUACUAUCACGAUUGCCUUAUGGAUAUCAAUCCAUUUUGAAACAAUCCAUUUCAAGUGAAGAAGAUGAUAUGGUCCCAGAACCUCAGCUAGACACCUUUGUUUUCUGCAAGACCAAGCAUGCAGUUGGAGCUUUCCAGCUUGAUGACACAGGGGAUGAGAUAGUUGACUUGGUUGCUGAUGACCUGUAUGUCCUUCGAUACAAGUCUAUAAGAGGUCUGGUGGAGAGUGGGCGAAUUGACCUUGUGUGACUUGCUGCAAGGAAAAAUAAGGAAAGCAGUCCGGUAAAAUUACUUUCCUAGUGGAGCUGAGGCACAUGGAGGGCGCAUGUCACUUGCAUGCAAUGAGUGGAAUGAGGAUGAUCGCUAACUUCCAAGGAAAAAGUGAUGGUCACGCGCUUGUACAAUUUCUGCUGCUAAUUUUAAACCAAAAGAAAUGUUAUCCACCAUAAUGACAACCAUAUGCAGUAGGCAAAUCCUUCAAAAGUUGAGGGGUUGUUCUUAAGAGUUGAUCUAUCAUUCCACCAA